CUAGGAGGAGAGAGAAUACUUAUAUUUAUAUUCAACACUGCAAUGCCAGUCAAACUUUUGUGAAGUGCCCACAUAUGAUAUUGAGAUCAAGUGUUCAAGAUCAACGCUCCGACCUUCAUGGCUUAAAUCCGCCAAAACCCGACGAGGAAUCUCCGCCUUCUCCGCCUACUAAACCGUGCACAGUGUGCUCCGCCCCCAACUCCGCCCUGAUCCCCUGCAAGUCCUGCAACUCCACCGUGUACUGCUCAACAAUGUGCAAGCUGAAGGAUGGUAAGAAUGAUCUUCAUGAUUGUCUUUCCUACACUAUCCUUCACGAGGAUAGGUGUGGUCGUCUUCUCAUGGCUGCCAGAGAUAUAAAGGAGGGUGAGACGAUAUUUACUGAUGCUCCUGCAGCUGUUGGACCUGAUAAUAAUCCUAAACCGGUUUGUUUAACCUGCUACAAGAGAUUGCCAGGGCUGACCUACCGCUGCAGGUACUGUAGCUGGCCUCUCUGUAGUCCGUACUGCCAAGUAGACGAUGGACCUCAUGCUAGAGAAUGUUGUCUGUUUCAGAUACAUUCACCAAGGUUCAGUAUCGAGGACUAUAAGGUCAGCUGUCCGUCCUACAAUGCAAUUAUGGUACUCAGAUUACUGUGGUUGAAAGAGAAUAAAAGAGAAGUUUGGGAUCUGAUUGAUAUUCUCAUGGAUCAUCUAGACGUAGAUAAAGAGCUCACUAAAACAAAGAAAGGUGUAAUCUCCUUUAUCCGAGACCACUGUAAGCUCACUCAGUUCUCAGAGAAGGAAAUCCUGCAUCUCAUGGGUAUCGUAGAUACGAAUGCGUAUAUUAUUGGAGAGAAUCCCAACAAAGACGUUGAUCUCCAGGGCUUAUUUCCAAUUACGUCUAUUCUAAACCAUUCCUGUUCUGCGAACACAAUCUGUUUUGCUGGGAACGAUUUCACAUUCACUUGCAGAGCUGUCACGGAUAUUAAAAAAGGUGAAGAACUAACGACCAACUACCUCCACUAUCACUACCAUGCAUUUGGACUGAGCUACCGCAACCCUGAGCUCUCGUCCUUCUGGCAUUUUAAAUGUGAAUGUCGUCGUUGCAAGGAUCCGUCUGAGUUUGGUACUAUGUCGGAUUCUCUCAUCUGUCCAGACUGUACUCUUGGCAGAUUAUUGCCACUCAACGAUUCCAGUGAUAGUGAGUGGAUUUGUGGAAGCUGUUAUGGAAGUCAACCUAGAAAAUUUGUUGUCAAUACAAUCAAUACUUGGUGGAACACUAUGGAGGAUCAUCCUAAGUUUGAUGUGAUAAAACUGAUGGAACUGCUGAGGAAGAUGAAGGAAGUAUUUGAUCCAAAUCAUUAUUAUUGUAUGGAGGUCAAACGAAGGAUUAUUGAGAACAUAGGUGAAACCAAGGGAUACGAAUACGAAUCUGUUGCAAUACCAUGGUUGGAGAAGAAGGUUGAGUUCUGUAAGGAUCAUCUCAACCUACAGAAGGUUGUUGCUCCUGGGUUAUCUGAGUACAGGGCGUAUAUGUCAGUUCACUGUGGAGAAGCCCUGUACUGGCUUGGUAAAAAGAGAUAUGUAGCAAUGGAGAUGACAGGCCCUCAGCUCAAUACCUGUAUGGAGGAAGUAGCGAAUUAUCUUGUAAAAGUUGUGGAAAUUUGGGGACCUUACAGGCGAAGAUCCAGUGAACGAUUAAGAGCUGAGGAAGCGCGAGGAUUGCUGGAAACAAUCCACGAGAAAUAUAUCCAAACCAAACAUUUAGAAACAGCCAAUAGAAUAUUGAAAACAGAAUAAUUGGAAUGUGUCCUGCUCUGACAAUUAGUAAAUGAUUUGUGUGAUUUA